AUGAAUAACUCUUCUGCCGUAGCAACGGGCGACAAUCCCCAAUUGCAGAAACCCAUGAUUUAUAAAAAUCGGGCCAGGAGCAUCGUGCACCGGAGUGUCAGGAACGGAUCAGAGAAUCAACUGACGGAACAAGCAAAUGGGACGAGCAUUCGGGACAAAAUCAGAAGGCUCUUUUCGAGCAAGCAUGAUCAAACCAUAAGGGAUAUGCAGAAAACGAAGCUCACAAAGAACAAGAGCAUUCAGGAGCAGGAACCGAGUGAGAGGAAUGUAGACGGAUUUCUUUCUACUGAUCAUCAGAGCGUAGAAUGGCAACCAGUGUAUCGGGAAACUUGUAAAAUAAAGCUGCCCGUGGAAGAAGGUGCAACGAAAAUAGCCAUGCCAGAGGAGGUGUUGGACGAUUGGGUUCAUAGUCAACAUAAGAUUUCACAGCAGUUAGGGCGUAGGAAAGGGGGGGAAUUUGUCCAGGACAAUCAGUCCCUGGGAGAUCACGACCAGGGGGACGAUUUACUCGAGCUGGGCGGAGACUGCCUUUUGGGGAAAAACGCCUCCAGAAAAUCCUGCAAUCUUAAGAGCACGGAGGAUCAGUACUCCAAGUUUAAGUACUAUUACAACUACUAUUUGGUAGAUGAGUACUUGGAGUCCCUGGCGGCGUCUCCAAACAAGGAACUCGACGCCACGGGGUUGGACGAGCACGGCCAGCUGUACGAUAAUGUGAGUUUGAACGCGCGUCCGAUAAUCGUCUCAAAGCAGAGAUUGGAAAGCGGAGUCCCCUACGACCCCUCCAAGCUGCUACAAUGA